CACCCUUUCCCCAGCUCCCCGCAGCCUGCUGCAGGAGGCGGCUGCCCACGGUCCCGGUUUCAUCUGCCCGGGAGCCGGCUGUGCCUCCAGCCCCGCCAGUGGCAGUUGCUCUGAGGCCACAGGAGCUACAAACCAGUGCCAUUUUCAUGCUGCCCUGAGGAGGAUCAACUGACUGUGGUUCAUUGGUGCUUAGCCACAGUGGUUUGUGGUAGCACCGAGUGUUCCAUGAGUCUCUGCACUGACUCCACCAGCUGAGGGAAACAAGAAACACGUGUGGAAGAUAGGAACUGAUUUUGAAACAAUGAGGUGCCUCACCCACCUACUGCUCAGGAGACUGCUGGGUCUCUCACCUCAGCAAGUGUCAGGGGCAUUGGCUAAAAGUACAGAUCCCAUCCUCACUCCAGAGUGGUCAUCUUGGAGGCAGAGCUGCAGUGUAAGACCUGGACUUGUGACUGCCACUGACAUGGUCAGCUACUGGCAGAAGGUGUUUGAGGGAAAUGGGAUACCUGAAGCACGAGAGUCCAGUGAAUAUAUUGUCUCGUUUGUUCUGGGAGCAAAAACAUUUCAGAGCUUGAAUUACAAAAGCCUCCACACUCCACUUACAGCAGUGCAGCAGGAGCAAAUCCAGCAGCUGAGCAAGAAGCGACUAGAAAGGAUGCCGGUGCAGUACGUGCUUGGUGAGUGGGACUUCCAGGACCUGACUCUGAAGAUGAGGCCCCCAGUAUUCAUUCCUCGGCCUGAAACAGAGGAUCUUGUCUCCUUAGUUGUGGAGGAAGAAUCUCACAAAUGUGAGAAGAAUUCAGGCCUUGGCUGCCCAGUUCCUGCUCCUCAUCCUGUGAUCCUGGAGGUUGGCUGUGGCUCUGGAGCAAUUGCUCUGAGUCUGUUGUGCAAACUGCCACAGAGCCGGGUGAUAGCUGUGGAUAAAGAGAAGGCUGCUGUGGAUCUCACCUGGGAGAAUGCACAUAGGCUAAAACUCCAGGACAGGAUCCACAUUCUCCACCAUGAUGUUUCAUAUGGUUCUGCCAAGCAGCUGCUACUCUGGGGACCCGUAGACUUCAUAGUCAGUAACCCCCCCUACAUCUUCCAUGAAGACAUGGCUGCCUUGGACACAGAAAUCCUCUGCUAUGAGGACCUUGAUGCACUGGAUGGGGGAGAUGAUGGCAUGAGGGUCAUUAAAACAAUCCUGGCUCUGGCUCCUUCUUUGCUGAAGGACUCUGGGAGUGUGUUUCUGGAAGUUGAUCCCAGACACCCAGAUAUGGUGGCAAACUGGUUACAGGCACAUCCCAACUUACUGCUUUUCCUUCGUGCUGUUCACAAGGACUUCUGUGGCAAGCCUAGGUUUCUGCACAUCCAAUACCAACACAGAUGACAACUGUACCAGAAAUAACUCUCCUUGCAGAAUGCUUUCUGCUGGUCAGCCCUGCUGAAUAGCUUGUUGAAAACUCUGCAUGGCAGAAGGAACCUCCACAUCAUUCCCCAGUGCAUUGGACUGUCCAUGCAGUGGCAGACCCCUCAUCUCCUGAUCUUCAUCCAGAGAUCCAAAAGUUCAGAGGAGCGUGUGGAAGUGUUUCACCUUCCUCAGGGAACAAUGUGCAACUUUGCAGUCAAAGUGCUAAAGUGACUUGUUAGUAUCAGGACCCAAUAUGGAAGAGUUCACAGCUCCAGAUAUUAAUUUAAAAUACAACUUCUCAACCUGUCAGAGAAUGUCACAUUGCUCAUUUGAUCUAAAAAUAAUUUCCACUUUUUGCUUUUUGACCUUGAGAUAUAAAUGUAUGUAGAGUGUGACUAGACUGGAUGAUAGGCCUGAACUCUGGCUUCUGUUUGCACAUGGACUUGCUGGUAACACAGGACAUGACUAAUCUGCAUGUUUCAAAUUCAGUUCUGUUCCAGGAUCCCAAUGCCCUGGAGUAGAACUCCAGCAGCAGAGCAGCUUUUGUUUCUCAGUCCUGCUGAGUGCCAUCAUUGAAGGAUCAGCACGUGUGUUACACCAUCUGAACCUGCAGCACCUGACUCUUUGUGGGUGCUGCCACAAGCAAUCAAAACAUUGUAAUAAAGAUAGUGCUUCAGAUCAGUGUCCUUGCAAGAACUGCUGUGCAGUUAGGUUUUCAAACAUGCCAGCAGACCUGAAUAAACACCUGAUGCCUGCA